AUGAACGCUAAGCUAAUUAGGAAAUUCAAAAUAGGAAAUAACUAUAGUAGAGAGUAUACGGCCGCGAAGUACUAUUAUAAUAGCUUUACGAGAGUAGUAGAGAACCUAACUAAGGAGGAGAAGCUAGAUCUCGACGCGGUCUAUAAGAGUAAUACUAGCGUAGAUAGCGCUAGACGAUUAACUCGUAUAAUUAAUAAACCUAAUUAA